UCAAUCAACCUCAUUAGCCUCCAGUUCAGUAGCAAUUCGCAACGUGACCCUGCGAGGCUUAAUUGAUUAGAAGAACAACUUUAUUGGUUUUGACUGCCACCAUGGAUGAAGACUGUGAUUUAGCUGAAGAUUUCGACUGUCCAAGCCUUCUGUGCGAGGAGCUGGAGGAUUUGGAAACAAAGAAGGACCAAGGGAGUACGAGGAAGAGGAGGAGAGAAGAAGAAGAGGGAGAAGUGUUUAAUAAGGGGGAGGAUGAAGAGGCAGGUGAGGAGACGGAGCUAGAGGAGAAGGAGGGGAAGAGAGAUAGAAAAGUUUUUGUGUCCGAAAAGGAACUGAUGACUGCAGCAGAGGGAGAAGAGGAGGAGCAGGUGAAGCCGGAGAGUGGGCCGGGAGUGGAGGAGGCACAAGAGGUGCAAAUGGAAGACAACACGAUAGAGAACAAUGUGGACACAAUUGCUGAGAAGCAGGAGGACAAAGAAACAAAAGGUCUAAAAGAAAAAGAUGAAAAGAAAAAGAGUAAGAAGAGGAGAGGUAAGGCUCAGAGUGAGCGUGUGAGAAACAGGAGAAAUUUAAAAGAUGUUGCAGAGCGCUUUGAAGGGGAAAAGAGGGGUCAGUUACAGGACGUGUCAGCAAUGAGCUCUGAGGGGAGUCUAGUUCUGUCAGAGCCUCCCAUUGGACUAAUAAACACCUGCGACCUGUCUGAUCCUGUUUAUCUGGGCUGUGGGGGGACUGGAUUGUAUCGCCAAACAGUACCUGUUCCCCUUCUGUACUCCUCACAAGCUCCUGUCCCGAUCCAGCCUGCACCUCCUCACCCCCUCGAGACAAAAAGACCACACAGUUCCCCUCUACCUUGCAGUCUCCCCCAGCAGGGCCGGCGGCCUCCAGAGAUGGAUAUCUCACAGAUCUACUGCACCCGACGCUCCAUCCGCUACAACAACAAGGGUCGAGGUCGAGCCCUCAGCUUCCCUCUGCAGCAGGGGUUGGAGACAGUGGACACCUGUGUGCUGCCCCCAGCCCCCAAAAAGAAGACACGAACUCUCUACAGUACAGAUCAGUUAGAGCAUUUAGAGGCCUUGUUCCAGGAGGACCACUAUCCUGAUGCAGAGAAGAGAAAGGUCAUCGCUGCUUCAGUUGGUGUCACACCUCAAAGAAUCAUGGUUGGACAGCCAUCUUUCGUAUUUGAUUUUAUGAAAAAUGUCUGGUUUCAGAACCGCAGGGCUAAGUGGAGAAAGGCUGAACGCUCCAUCACAUCAAAGGUUGAACACAGACAGAGUAGAGCUAGUUGCAGCAGUAGCCCCCCACAUCACCACAUUUCCACACUGGCACCCAACAGUAAGGUAGCUCCUUCUUUUUCUGGUCACUUUACUACCAAGCUGCCUCCCCUCGCCUCUGCAGCCCCUUCGUUCCCCACCUUGUCCAACCAGACGCCUCCUUCUUACAGCAACCUGCUGGCCACCCUCAAUAGCCCUGGUCAAUCCAGAGUGAGAGAUGGGGGCAAGCACCAGCUUUCAUCGCAGGGGGGGCUGGCAGAGUACCACCCACGUCCAAUGCACAGCCCUCCCCCGCUGCGUCGAGCUAGCCUCCCCCUUUUUACGACUUACAACCAGGCCAACCCCGCUGCCACUCUGCUUAACACCCUUGCCCACACCCCACCUCUGUUCCUGGACGCUCUGGAGGGGGGCUCCUCCUUAGCCCAUCGUGACACCCAGUCUCUGCAGACUGACACCAGUUCUCUGUUUGACUUUGGGGAGAAGCUCGACUACCUGACCUCAGGCCAGCAGAACAAUACUCUCUCCUACCAGCUCCAGACCUCCUACCCCACCAGCCAGCCCCAGCACCAACCUCAAGCAUCCCUGCCCCGCAUGGCCUAUCUCACCCCCUCCCCCUACCUCACCCCCAACCCUCCAGAUUCCAAUCCUACCUCCUAUCUAACCUUUGCCCCAGGAGGAAACUCCACUGGCAUGGUGACCUAUUCCAGCGGAGGCCACACCUACUACCAGUCCCAGAGCACAGGACAAAUUCUGCUGCAGCCAGCGGGUCAUCACGGUGGGAUCGCCGCGUACCAGUCGUACCCAUGGGGUAAUAUGUACAGUCAACCAGCCCUCCACCAGCGUGCUCAGUGUCCUCCAACCUACCCCCCCAGCAUAGGAGGUACUCGUGAUCACCAGCCUCCCUCCUCCACACUUCCUCCCCCUUCAUUCUUUACCCAUGGGCCCUCACAUGCAAACCCCCAGUGCUCAUUACACUCCCUUGCACAUACCAUCAGCACCAGCAGCUGCAGCACCAGCAGCAGCACCGUCCUCCCUCCUGUUUCCACCCUGCGUCCAUCUCGUCUCAGAGCAGAGGUCACUCCAAAUAAGGGUACGUCCCUGCUGCCUUCUCAGGUCAGCCCUGCCUCUCCAGAAAGUCAUCCAGUGCCCUCUAGUGUCAAGAUUGAGUAUGACAGCCCUCGAGAGAUUCACAGCCACUUCCACUGCGACUUCUCUUCCCCCAUACAUUUUUGAAUUGUGUUUUUGUAUCUGUGUGAAUAUGUCAUGUGUUAACUUUAAGUGUUACUGCAUGUCCAUGUGAAUUACUAUUAUAGUUACUUACUUCAGAAACAUUAAUGUUAGCAAGCUUGGCGGGGCUGCAUUUAGUUUGGCUGCAAUAAAAGGCUCAUAGCUAUGUUAAUCCUU